CUGGCUGAGAUCAAUGCCAACCUUCCUGCUGCAAGCCAAGACGAAGGGAAGACCACAUAGGUGGUGAUGAAGGGCCUUUGGUGAGCAAAGCCAUGUAUAUGGCAGCUGGCAGUAGGAUCCCGGAAAUCAAGACCAUAUUAUCUGGGUCCAGCAUCCCACAGCUCUUGGACUUCAAGGUUCUCCUUGUCAAGGCUGCGGGAGCAACAUUUGCAGUCACCACGGGCAUGUGUUUGGGAAAAGGAGGCCCGUUUGUCCGACAGGUGCCGAGUAUCUGGUGGCCAACUUAUUUCCAAAACAUCGAGUCUAUUGGCGUAAAAUGAGAGAGAUGCUCAGUACAGCUUGUUAUCAGGUCUAAGUGUUACG